AUGAAGUACUCUCAGCUCGGCACCACUGAUUUAAAGGUGUCGCACAUUGCUCUCGGUGGAGCUGCGUUUAGCAAUAUAUACGGAAAAUACGACGAAAGCCGUGGAAUAGAACUGGUGAAGGAAACUCUGAAACGUGGCAUCAACUACGUGGAGACGGGACCCUGGUACGGCCAGGGCAGUUCAGAGAGGACUAUUGGAAAAGCUCUCAAAGACGUGCCCAGGAGCAGUUUUUUCAUAGGAAGUAAAGUAGGCCGGUAUGAGAAGGAAACGGAGAGAAUGUUUGACUUCUCCGCGGAGAAGACGGAGGCUGGAGUGACCAGCACUCUACAGAGACUGGGGCUUGAGUACGUGGACUUGAUACAGGUCCACGACGCGACCUUCGCCCCGGAUCUGUCCAUCGUGUUAAAGGAGACCCUGCCGACCCUGGCGCGCGUGGUGAGUGAGGGUCGCGCGAGGUACAUCGGGCUCGCGGACUACGACCUGGACCUCAUGCAGGAGAUAGUCGAGGAGUCUCCGGUACACAUCUCCAGCGUCUGUUCGUACGCCAAGUCCACGCUGUUCGACAACCGGCUGCAGAACUACAUCGGAUACUUCAAGAGUAAGGGUGUGGGUGUAAUCAACGCGGCGGCCACGGGCAUGGGCCUGCUGUGUAACUCGGGCCCGCAGGCCUGGCACCCAGCCAGCGACGACGUGAAGGCCUUGUGUAGGUCCGCCUCCGAGUACUGUCGGUCACAGAACGUAGAGCUGGCUCGUCUGGCGACCUGGUUCACACUGAACCAGCCGGGCAUAGACACCAACAUCUGCGGGUUCUUCAACCUGGAACAACUGAACGACACCGUGGACGUACUGGAGAAGGGACUCACGGAUCAUGAGAAACGAGUGUUGGAUGAGUUACAGCUAAGGUACUUUGACAAGGUCACUCUGCACUGGGAUCAUGUUGAGUUACCAAUAUAUAAAUCUAGAAUGGAGAAACUGAAGAUGUCAUAA